AUGGACGGAUAUAGUUUACAAUCAUUUGAUGGAAAAAGUGAUUUUUCUAUUUGGCAACAGAAGAUGAAAGGUAUUUUGAUUCAACAAAAGGUGUUUAAGGCUAUUGAUAGUAAAUACACCGACAACAUUUCUGAUGAAAAGAAAAUACAAAAUGAUGAGUUUGCCUAUUCGUCCAUUAUUUUGAAUCUUUCUGACAAUGUUCUUAGGAAAGUAGGAAAACAAAGUUCUUCUAAAGAUCUUUGGGAAAAAUUGGAGGAUUUAUACACUGAAACUUCUCUACCUAGUAAGUUGUUUCUUUUAGAAAAAAAAUUUCAUUAUAAACUUGAUUUAUCCAAAAGUAUUGAUGAAAACCUUGAUGACUUUACCAAACUGAUUCAAGACAUCAAACUUACUGGUGAUAAAAACAUUGAUGAAUACUCACCCAUUGUGCUUUUGAAUGCUAUUCCUAAAUCUUACUCUGAUGCGAAAGCUGCUAUUAAAUAUGGAAGGGAUAGUGUAAAUCUGGAUACUGUUGUUAAUGGCUUGAAGAGUAAAGAAAUGGACCUUAAAGUUUCUAAACCUAGUUAG